AUGGAACUUAGAUUUUGGGAGAGACGAAAAAUUGGGAGAAGACUUUCUCCCUUGAUGGUGAACAACCGUGUGCCCGGCCAAAACCUCCAAGCUCAGCCCUCGACUGACGAAUCGACGACCGGUAACAAGGAGUCGCAGACGCAGCUACUUGAACCGGAGAAGACGAUUUGGUUGGGGCGAUUUAGGGAGAAGGAGCGGCGCGCCGGCGGCGGAAGAUUUGGGGACGACGAAGGAAUUGUUGAAGAGAGUAGGGAGAGGAGGAGACCGACGGGGGUGGCAGUGAACCGGUGGGCAAUCACCAAAUUAAGUGAAAAGGUGCAACAUAAAUGA